GAUCGGAUUCGGGCGGCGGGGCCGGAAUCCAGGCGGAUAUCAAAUCGACCGCGGCGCACGGCGCGUGGUGCGCGACGGCGAUCACGGCGGUGACGGCGCAGAACACACGUGGCGUGCAGUUCGCGCACGCCGUCGGCGCGGAUGCCGUGGUGGCGCAAUUGAGGAGCGUGCUGAGCGACCUCCCUGUUGCCGCUGUCAAGACGGGUAUGCUGCCAAAUGCGGAGGUGGUGUCUGCUGUGUGUGACUUUAUGGAAGCAGAAGCACAAGGAGUCCCUCUGGUGGUAGACCCAGUACUCGUGGCAUCCAGUGGGGACACUCUAGCAGACAACCAAGCCAUGCAGCUGAUUCGCUCUCGCCUAAUCCCCCUGGCCACUGUUGUCACGCCCAACCUCCGAGAGGCUGAGGCCCUGCUGCUGCUUGCGCCAGGGUCCGUCCGAACAACCGAGGACAUGAGGCGAGCAGCCAAGGAGAUUCACGCUCUUGGUGCCAGGUCGGUGCUAGUAAAGGGUGGCCAUUUGGAAGGGGAAAAAGCAACGGACGUAUUCUAUGAUGGAUCGGCCUUCCAUGAGUUAUCGUCGCCCCGCCUCGCCACGACCAACACGCACGGCACUGGGUGCAGCAUGGCCGCGAGUGUGGCUGCAGGGCUGGCGCAGGGGCGAGGGGUGAAGCAGGCAGUGGUGGACGCAAAGGCCUACCUUUCCCACAUCCUCGCUAAGAGCCUCCCCAUUACCAUGGGCAGCGGCCCGCAGGGCCCUCUCAACCACCUCCCCCUGGUGUGCCAUUUCGGCCUGCCAAAUGCCCGCGCAGCCUUCCACCCAGCCCAGCUGCGGCUGUACGCAGUGACUGACUCUAGGAUGAACAAGGCGUGGGGGCGGAGCGUAGGGGAUGCGAUACGCGAGGCGAUUGCUGGUGGAGCCACGCUCCUGCAGAUCCGGGAGAAGGACAUUGAAACUGGUGACUUCGUUCAGCAAGCGGCGGAGGCGGUGGCAGUGGCGAGGGCACACGGCAUCCCGUUGGUGAUAAACGACCGUGUGGACGUGGCCCUGGCAGUGGAUGCAGACGGCAUUCACGUGGGGCAAUCCGACAUGGAUGCUGCUACAGUCAGGCAAAUCCUCGGCCCAACGAGAAUCAUCGGUGUCUCGUGUAAGAGCCGGGAGCACGCGGAGAAGGCGUGGCGGGACGGCGCGGAUUAUAUCGGGGUCGGGGGUGUAUUCCCGACAAAUACCAAGGAGAAUAACAAAACGAUUGGCGUGGAGGGGCUUGCAGAUGUGUGUCUUGUGUCGAAGCUUCCAGUUGUGGCUAUAGGGGGGAUAAAAGGAGGGAAUAUUUUGGAUGUGGUGAAAGGAGUGGCUGCUGCUGGGGCAAGUGGCACGGAUGGGGCGGCACCUGCAGGAGAAUCUUCAGGUGAAUCUAGAGACGUCUGGGAAGGGAGUGCGUGUGGAGCAUUUGGAGGGGUUGCUGUGGUGUCUGGUAUUUUCAACCAGGCAGAUAUUGUGGCAGCAACAAAGGGGCUGGUUAAAGCCCUGGAUGCUGCGGAGAAUGGCACACCUUUGUGUAAAUGA